AUGGCCUUGUUGAACGGAUUCAGCCGAGAGGAAUAUCCGAACGGGGAUUCUUAUGAAGGUCAAUUCAAACGCGGAGCUCGGCAUGGGUCAGGCACCUACUACUGCGCAGAUGGCGGCUUCUACGAAGGUGAGUUCUGUGAAGGCAUGAUGCAAGGAGAAGGAACGUUUUACUAUGCCAAAAAGGAAUCCUACACCGGCCGCUGGUUGAACAGCAUGCGCCACGGCUAUGGGAAGUUCACCUAUCACGAUGGCGCCGUCUAUGAGGGCCGAUGGGAAGCAGACCUCAGACAUGGACAGGGGCUCAUGAAGUACCCGGAUGGAUCAGCUUACAAUGGCAACUGGGCAGAUGACAUGCGGCACGGUCAGGGGCAGAUGGGCUUUGGUGAUGGUGCCCAAUACAGCGGCGGCUGGCUCAAUGAUGCUCGACAUGGCCAUGGAUCCUACAGGUUGCCCAACGGCAGCUGUUACGACGGUGACUUCAAGGCUGACAUCCCGGAAGGAUCCGGGAAACUUCACAAUGCAGAUGAGCAGAGCGACUAUGUAGGCCAGUUCCAGGAAGGUCUGAGGUCGGGGCAAGGGAAGUGUGUGUACGAGCGCACCGGCGACAGCUUUGUCGGCGAAUGGCGUGAUGGGGUGAGGGUGCAAGGGAUGAUGUACCUGGCAUCUGGUGACAUUGAGAGAGUUGGAUAUUUGAAUGACACGCUGGUUAGACGAGAGUGCCUAGGCUGCAUGUUGAACAUGUGUACAAGUGCGGUCAGAUGUGGUCAGCAUGGUUUGGUUUCCUGGUACUUGGAAGACGUUGACACUGCCAUGGACCUGACGCCUGGACCUGGCUGA